AUGGAUAAGAAGAAGGUUGUUGUGCCGCUAGUUUGUCAUGGGCAUUCUCGGCCGGUUGUUGAUUUGUUCUACAGCCCGAUCACUCCUGAUGGAUUUUUCCUUGUCAGUGCUAGCAAAGAUUCCACCCCAAUGUUAAGAAAUGGAGAGACUGGAGAUUGGAUUGGAACCUUUCAAGGGCAUAAAGGCGCAGUAUGGAGUUGUUGCCUGGAUAAACAUGCUCUGCGUGCGGCCUCUGCUUCAGCUGAUUUUUCAGCGAAAUUAUGGGAUGCUUUAACUGGGGAUGAACUGCAUUCUUUCGAGCACAAGCACAUAGUUCGUGCGUGUGCCUUCUCAGAGGAUACCCACCUUCUGCUAACUGGAGGCGUUGAAAAGGUUCUUCGCAUAUACGAUUUAAAUCGAUUGGAUGCUCCUCCCAGGGAAGUCGAAAAUUCUCCUGGUUCAGUUAGAACUCUUGCUUGGCUCCAUAGUGACCAAACUAUCUUAAGUACGUGUACUGAUAUGGGCGGGGUGAGGUUGUGGGAUGUGAGAACUGGCAAAAUUUCUCGAACGCUUGAGACCAAAUCUUCUGUAACCAGCGCUGAAGUGAGUCAAGAUGGUCGCUAUAUAACAACUGCUGAUGGGUCAACUGUCAAAUUUUGGGAUGCAAAUCACUUUGGACUGGUGAAAAGCUAUAAUAUGCCUUGCAUUGUGGAAUCAGCUUCAUUGGAACCAAAGUAUGGUAACAAGUUCGUUGCUGGAGGAGAAGACAUGUGGGUCCGUGUUUUUGAUUUUCACACAGGAGAAGAAGUUGGAUGCAACAAAGGUCACCAUGGUCCAGUGCACUGUGUUCGAUUUUCUCCUGGAGGUGAAUCCUAUGCGUCAGGCUCUGAAGAUGGGACUAUCAGAAUAUGGCAAACCGGUCCUUUGACUAAUAAUGAACAGGACGGUUCUUCUAACGGACCCAUUCUGAACAUGAAGGAUGCAGCUGAUGAGGUUACUAAGCAGAUUGAGAAUGUUCAUAUUGAUGAAGAGAAAAACGAGGGAUGUGAAAAGGCAAAUUAUGCCGAAUAG